AUCUUGGCUCUAGCGCCCGCGCCCAGCCAAACACGAGAAUUUUGAGCCUCUCCGCAAAAGAAUGUCGGGCCCGUCUGUUUACCUGGGAGGAUCUCGGCCCAUCGUCAUGUACAACGGCGUCGUUCUGGGGGACGUUCCAGCGCCUAUUAAGCACGUCCCUGCGGACGACUCGCUGACACACAAUUGGUACGAGCAUUCCGCGGGGUUGUGCGCCGCGGACGACGUGGCCGCGAGCAACGCCGAGAUCACUCUGCGUGCGACCCUGCCGCGAGACCCGCACGAGGAGCAGCCCGAGGCCGCGUCCACCGCCUGCGACGGCCUCGACACGGACAGCGACUUCGGGGACUACUCGGCGACGCGCGGCUCCUGCGUCUCCUCGCUGGGCCCCGUCUCCGCCUCGGCGAGCCUGCUCUGCGAGGGCGGCGGCGGCGCCCUCGCAGCCCCCCCGGGCGGCCCCGCCGGCGCGGGGCGCGGCGAGCGGAGGGGCGCGCCGCCCUCGCUGGAGCCGCCGCGCGCUCCGCAGGCCACGGCGGGGGCGGCGGCUGCGGGGCGGACGAGGCGAGCGAGGCACACCCGGAAGAUGAUCGAGAGGAGCUCGGGCCUGGAGGAUCCGGGGGUGGACAGACCUCCCACCCCGACGCGUCGAUGGAGGAAUUGGCCGUUCUCGGUGCGCGGGGUUGGCGUCGCGGCCGUCGUUUCUGCGGGUCCAGGUCCGUCGGUUUCGGUCCCGGGCCGUUUUCACUGAGGGGAGGUUCGCUAAGGGGAGGUUUGUCCACCGCCGAAGGAUCCUGGCAAGAUCACGACCAUGAUGGUGAGCAACCUGCCCCUGAGGCUCCAGCGGUCGGAGCUCAUGGACAUGCUUGACGGGUCUGGCUUCGACGGCGUGUACGAUUUCUGUUAUGUGCCGUCCGACUUCCACUCUGGCAUGAACAACGGGCACGCCUUCAUCAAUUUUCACGACCAUGGCACAGCAGUGCGAUUCAAGGAGGCAUGGCACGCCGCCGCACCUUUCCGAGACUACUCCGACAGCCAGACGUUGAGGGUAGUUCCUGCGCGCAUCCAGGGCCUCAGGGCCAACGCCAAGAUGGCAAGUGUGAGGAUGAACGUGCGCAACCCCAAGCACCAUGGGCUUGUUUCCACCAAGGAUCAGUCUGUCAACGGCCAGUGAACUAACUGCCGUGAAGGACUGUCGGUGAGGGCAGCCACACGAAAUAGAAACAGCUGCAUACACAGAAGUUCUCGGAGCUCCGCACAUUUUUGUCCGUGUUUGCGCUUCGCGCAACAUAAUUAGAGGAUGUUCUAGAUGUUAUGACGCAUGUCGUAUUUGCAGUAUCAGCCGAAUUCGUGGAGAUUGCGCUGCAUGUUCGCUUUUUUGCCACGGACCCUGGUUGAGUCAGAACAGAAUAGUGAGCACAGGCGCGUUGCCUUCUGUUCGAGCCAUGCACUUCUGGCCAGGCAGCGGCCUACUGCCCACGCACUUCUGACCAGUGCCCACGCACUUUGGCCAGGCCACGGCCCGCAUGAGCCGCUGAACUCGGCGGAGACGCCGAGCAGGCAAGGCCGCCCUCAACGGAGGGAGCAUUGCGGGCCACUCCUGGCAGCUGCCGAACCGUCAUCGUCUGAGCGCGCAUUGGCCUGCCGCCUCUUCUGACAAUGAUCUCUCACAGUUGCUUUAGGUUUUCGCCAGGCAGGAGAUAUCUGUGUACGCAAUUCGAUUUCUGGAGGAGACAAUUGUGUACGUAUAUAGAUUUUUGGAUUUGGAGUCUCCCGCCAUGCGUCCACCGCCUCCUUCUGGAGCUGCCCAGCUCGGCGGCGCGAGCCGCCUUUGAGCCGCGCGGCGAACUCUUGCUUCCGGCCCGCUCAGUUGUUGCUUGCGCGCGUUGCUGGCACGUUCCGCCCCCGCCCCGACUUUGAGUCGCGCGGCCGGCUUAGGUGCUAGCAAAUCUUGCUCCCGCCCUGGAUGGGCCCUGGAGCCAUUGCCACUUGCCGCCGCAGUGCUCGACCAUCCAGCAGAGAUCGAGGAUGAAGGACCGAUGGUGUAUAUGUAAAUGUAGCUGUCGGUGUAGAUGUAGAUGUUGCUUUCCUAAAUGCUCCAACUCCUAGGUAGGGUCGCACUGGGAUAAUUUUGUGAUAUCGAUCGCGGCGUCAAACUUGACUCUUCCAGCCCUCCCUCUGCUCGGACCACUUUCCUUCUAUCUUUUCUUAAUCUCUCCCUUAAGGGCCGCGCGCGGUCGGGCAGCGCUGUCUGAACGUCGUGCGCGUGAGCUGCUAAAGCAGUCUCGGAGCCUUCAGUUCUGUCCUGCAUGUAGCAGCCAUCGUUUCGUGUUGUUCGCAUUGAUUUCGAAAAAAA